CUCGCAAUCGAAACGCAAGCAUGAGCAGCGGCGACCCACGCGUCCUCAUCAACUACUACGUGCGGAAGGGAUGGUACGACCAUGUGCAGCGGCUCUGUGAGAGCAUCCUCGACAAGAAGGGGAGCGACCCGACCAUCAUGUUUUGGCGGUCGUUUGGCAUCAUCAUGGAGGGCAGCUACUCGUCGGCGAUCCGCGAGCUCGAGGGCUUGAAAUCCAAGAAGGAGGUCGAGCUUCCGUGCGUGCACGCGCUCAUCUACACGCACAACAAGUGCAAGCACGUCGACCACGACGAGAUUGCGCAGCUCGAACUACAAGUCGUCAUUGCCGAGGAGAACGCGACCGAUGCGAGCCAGCUCUUGUGCGCCAACUUGUUCUGGCACAUCAAAGAGACGGCGAAAGCGCGCAAGAUCCUCGAAAACCUCAUGGGCGGUCGACUGAGCCCCGAGACGCCGCUGCAGAUCCGGGCGGCGAUCCUUCGCGGCUGGGUCGACCUCACGACCGAGCCCAAGACGAAGCGCGACAUCGAGUACCGCGAAAACAGCAUCCAGCUCUUCGAGGACGCCAAAGUCAAGGCGGCCAACGACCCCGAACAGCUCCUCGGCGUCGCCAAGUACCACGACUUUAAGAAGAACCACGCCAAGGCGCUCGAGUGCUACGACGAGAUCUUUGUCAAGUACACGUGGCUCAAGCACGCGCUCAGCGAGAAGGCCCUCGUGCUCUUCAAGAUGGGCGAGUGGGACCAGUGCGUCGACAGCGCCGAGCGUGCGCUGAGCAUGAGCACGGACGACAUUGAGGCGCUUCGGCUCUUUAUCUUCUACCUCUUGACGCGCGAAGGCAAGCCAAAAGAGGCAGCGACACGCAUUCGGGAGCUUGUCAAAGCGCUCAGCGCGACGGAGGCGUCCAACCCGGCCUUGUACUACGACAUCUCCAAGUGCAUUGCGCGCAUCGCCGACAAGAACCACGAGGUCCUCUCGUGCAACCUCGCGUUCGUCGAGCAAGCCAUCAAGCUCUCGCCCGAGACAGGCGUGUACCAUGCGGAGCGCGGGUACCAGCGCGCGCUCAUGGGCGACUUUACCGAAGCCGUCGACUCGUACAAGGACGCGCUCAAGCUCGACGAGUCGAACGAAGCGGCGCUCCACGGCCUCAUCUACUGCCAAAUCAAGAUGGGGCUCAUCGACGACGCCGCGCAGCAGAUGGAGUUUCUCAGCGUCAUCCAGGAAUCCAUGGGCGCGAGCGCCGACUUUGUCAUGCUCCAAGCGAUGCUGAGCUGGCACAAGGACAAGGACCGGCAAAAACAAGUUAAAUUUCUUCAAAAAGCCGCGCAGCUGCACAUGGACAAGCUCAAAGAGGCCAUGCAGGCGGGCGAUCUCUCGACGUACGACACGAUGGCGGCCCUCAACCCGCAUUUUCUCGUGGAAAUUGCGAUGGAGUUUAUCAAACUGGACGGCGCCGACGACGGCAAGGCCAUGGCGGCGCGUGGCAUUUCGAUCCUCGACAAGAUUGUCGCCAAGUCGCCGGGCUUUUUGGAAAUCCAGUUUGUGCUCGCGAACGCCAAGUUCGCGUCCAACGAAUUCGACGACGCGUUCCGCAUUUGCAGGUCGCUGCUCAAGAUGCACCCGUCGCAUGCCGGUGCGCACUUGCUCGAGGCGCGCGUGAGUCUCGAGCGCGAGCACUUUAAAGCAGCCUCGUCGAGCCUCGACAUUGCGCUGAGCCACGAUUUCUCGGUGCGGCAGACCCCGUCGUUCCACAUCAUCAAGGCCAAGCUCCUCGAGAACGAAGGGAAUCUCAAGGACGCGCUCAACGUGUUGCAAACUGCCAUGAAGACGGCGUCGAGCGGCCCUGCCAAAGGCGCCAAAAAGCAACUGUCGGCCGCGGCCGCUGAAAUGUCGCUGUUCGACAAGUCGUGCAUCUACAUUCAACUCGCAUCGGUGCACGCGCAGCUCAACAAUGUCGGCGAAGCGACGCGACUCGUCAAGGAAGCCCUCGAUGUCUUCAAAGGCACAACCCAAGAAGUGCGCGUGCUCGUCGCCAACAGCGAACUCGCCAUCAAGCGCGGGGACUUUGACAAUGCAAUCAUCAUGCUCAACGGCGUGCCGCAAGAGUCGCCGGCCUUUGUCAAGGCGCAGAUGAUCAAAGCCGACAUUUACCUUCAGCACCGCAAGGAGAAGCGACUCUACGCUCAAUGCUACAAGGAGCUCGUCAAGCUCAGUCCGUCGGUCGAGUCCCACAUUCGAAUGGCCGAAGCCUACCUUCGCAUCCAGCAACUCGACGACGCGAUCGAGUCGUACCGCAGCGCGCUUGUGCUGACGCCGACCGACGCGUCGCUCGCGAGUCGCAUUGGCCACAUCCUCGUCAAGAAGCACGACUAUAUGACGGCGAUCGAGUACUACGAGUCGGCGCUCAAGUCGGCGCCCGACCAGACACCGCUGCGUACCGACCUCGCCAACCUCCAUGCGCGAUUGCACCAGUACGACCAAGCAUUGCGCCUCAUUCAGUCGGCACCGUCGACAGGCGCGCACGGCGACGUCAAGGAGAUGCUCGAGAUGAUCGAGCUCCAGCUCAUUUUGCCGCGCAUCUACAACGGCUUGGGUAACACGCCGGCCGAGAUCGACAGCUUGCUCUUGGUGGCGAAUCUGCAAAAGAGCGUGCUCGAUAAGCUUCGCGACGAACGGCCGGACGAGCUGCCGCGGCACACGACCGCACUCGCGACGACCAACUACAAACUCGCCGUUGUCCACAACACCAUGAAAGACUGGGACAACGUGCUCAAGUACUGCACGAUGGCGCUGCGGGCCGACGAGUCCCACGAAGAGUCGAUUCUGUGUCUCGCGCGCAUUUACAACCAAAUGCAAAACACGGAGCAGUGCCAAGCCAAGUGCACGACCUUGCUCCGCCUCAACCCGUCGCACGAAGAAGCGGCGAUGAUGCUGGCCGACCUCAUGCUGCAAAAGGACGACAAUGAAUCGGCAAUUUUCCACUUUCAAAACCUGCUCGAAGCCAAGUCGGACAACUUUGCCGUGCUCAGCCGCUUCAUUACGAUGCUCCGCCACGCCGGCAAGCUCGAGCGUGUGCCCCGGUACCUCAAACUGGCCGAGCGGUCGGGGCCGCGCGUUGCGCACUCGGCCGGGUUGCACUUUUGCAAGGGCUUGUACAACCGGUACCAAAACCGCAUCCACGACGCGGUCGCUGAAUUCAACUUGGCGCGGAAGGACCCCGAGUGGGGCGGCCACGCACUUAUCCACAUGAUUGAGAUCUAUCUCAACCCCGACAACGAAAACAUUUGGGACACGCCAGACGACUCGUCCAAGGAGCAAACCGAGAACAUUCGUAUCGCAAAUGCGCUCUUGGACGAGCUCCCGGACGAGAAAACGCUCAAGCUGCGCGUGCUCGAAGCGUACGCGAUUCUCGCCAACAAGACCAAACCGACGAUUGAGAAGGCGAUCGCGGUGUUCCUCGAGAUCCUCGAGCUCGAAAAGGACAGCGUCGCCGCGCUCUUGGGGCUCGCAACGGCCUACAUGCUCGCCAAGCAGCAGCCGAAAGCGCGCAACCAGCUCAAGCGCAUCGCCAAAAUGACCUACGACCCGGCGAUCGCGGACGAGUUUGAACGCAGCUACAUCCUCCUCGCCGACAUUUACGUGUCGCGGUCCAAAUACGACUUGGCACAGGAGCUCUGCAAGAAGGCUCUGUUGCACAACAAGAGCUCGGGCAAAGCGUGGGAGCUCCUCGGCCUCAUCAUGGAGAAGGAGCAGUCGUACCAAGACGCGGCCGACUGCUACAGUGAGGCGUGGAAGUGCGGCGGCGAAGCGUCGGCGCCCAUUGGCUUCAAGCUCGCGUUCAACUACCUCAAGGCCAAGCGCUACGUCGAGGCGAUCGACGUGAGCCAGAAAGUGCUCGACAAGUUUCCCGACUACCCAAAGAUCCGCAAGGAGAUCCGCGAGAAGGCCCAAGCCGGCUUGCGCCCGUGAGCAUCCACAUACAUACGCAGACCGAUCCAGAUGGGAGAUGAAAGGGAGUAAGUUCUUAGCCCGCGACUGCAAACCCGGGCUUAAUCCACUUUUUGGGUUUGUUUUCUA